AUUAAUCAAGAGUUAAAGAACCACAAAACCUAAUUUUUCUUCUAAAUAAACAAAUAGACCACUUAGACCACUUAGAAUAAUAAAAUGACCUUCAUGUCAUCCACCUUCCCUUCUUGUUUCCGUCCAUCAAAAACCACCAACCACCACCACCCUCUGCCGUCUCAUCCCAAUCUCACAACCUACAUAUACCAAACAAACGCAGGCACAAUUUCCUUAACAUGGUCACGUUCCAUUUUAGGUCACACCCUUCAAAUUCAUCUUCAAAAUAACUCUUCCUAUUUCGAACUCAACAUAAAACCCUACCAUUUCUUCAACAAAAAUGGAUCCAAGAAACUCUCUCACAACACACUUCUCUUUUGGAACCUCUCUCAAGCUAGCUUUGGAUCCAAAUCACCAGAACCUGAACCUUGCUCCAAAUUCUAUAUAGCUUUAGUUGUUAAAAACGAAAUCGUUCUUUAUAUAAACAACAUGGAACAUGCACGUACUAAUAAGUUCUUGAGAGCACGUGAUGAAACAAAGAUUCCUCAAAUUCUUGUUCUAAAAAAGGAACAUGUGGACAUGGAGGUAAAUAGAAAUGGAUCAUCCUCGUACGCUACAAAAACGAGGUUUGGUGGGAAAGUUAGAGAGGUUGAGAUAGAGAUAGGUAGUGAUUGUGAUGAUGACAAUAAAGGAAACAAUACGAGGUUGUUGUUUAGUGUGGAUGGGGAAAGGGUUUUGGAGGUGAGGAAAUUGAAGUGGAAAUUUAGAGGGAAUGAGAGAGUGGAAAUUGAUGGGGUUUCUGUUUUGAUUUGUUGGGAUGUGCAUGAUUGGCUUUUUGAAAACGGUGGUAGUGAUGGUGAUGGACAUGCGGUUUUCAUGUUCAAGUUUGAGGAAAACGAGGUAGGAGGUUGUUGUGGGGAAAGGAGUGAGUUUGGUUCUUGUAAGAGUUGGUCGUCUUCGUCUCUUUCAAUGUCAUCUAAUUCUGUUGGUGGAAGUUGCUCAGUUACGGAAUGGUCUAGUUUUGAGGAGAGUGAGUUUUUGGUUCCUCUUGGGUUCUCUUUGUUUGUUUAUGCUUGGAGAAGGUAAAUGGGUUUGAUUUGGCUAGUUACUAUCAUUAUUUCUUAAAUUGUGGUUGUGGUUAGGUUGCAAUGAAGUAAAAUAUGGUUCAUGCGAUUGAAAUUGUGUUUGGAGACCUCAAAAUUUUUAAUAUUGCAUCCACAAUUUAAAACCAUAGAUGUUUUGUAAGAUGGAGAUCCAGGAUGUUUUAUUGUGCCUAGAGCAUUCUGAUGAUCAAGGUAGUUCGUGACCGAGAGUGAGAAUCUUUUUGUCAUAGAAGAAUUGUGUGCCUUAACCCGUCCAAGAGUAAGACCACCAAAACCUUCGCUUUAAGGCUAACAAUAAAAAAAUAAUUUUAAUUAGAUUUUACAAGCAAAAAUUUCUCAUAUUCUAGCAAAAAAGGUCUCAUAUAUUGAACCUUUUUUUAGGCCUCACAAACUAUUUAAAACCAUUGGAUUGGUCAUGUGUACCUUUACCCUGCAUAAGCGCCAUUUUUAGUGACGACUUCUCGGGUUACCUCGUGAAAACCCGUUGAAUCCUUGAGCUAAAACCAACGUGAUUCACGGAUUGACAUUGAUGAGAUCACAAAAUUUACUAUAAUGUGUCGUCGGUGCAGGUUUAAACCGGUGUUCAUCUGAUUUGAUCCAUUGAAGGAUUGACUUGGGUCUUUUCUGUAACAUUGUAUUCUUUUAAUUACAAAGAGUGAGGAUCUUGAAAUUAGGACUCAGGAUGUAGAUUUUUUUUGUUACCAACACAUUUUUUGUUUGGUGAAUAAGUAGAAAGAAAAUGUUAGAAUCUAUUGGUAGAUUUGUACAUUUUUAGUCAUAGAUUUGCUUAAAAAAUAGUCUAUGUAUUCGUUGAAAAGGAGGGUAGUUUUGGCUUUGGUGGUUUAUUGUGGAACUUACUUGCAUUUGUAAUGUAAAAUUGUGUAAUCAGUUUUUGCAGUUAUUGUGUGGUGGUCCGGUGGGCA